GUGCAAGAAAACAUCGACUCGACAAAAAGACAACGACACACCACGCAAAAGACGCACACGCAACCUGGACAAUGGCUGCUGUGGCCAAGGUGACAACCACUGCUAUCUCCAAGCAGUCCCAACCCACUCCCUACCAGCUCGAUCCUGACCAGACCCUCAAAGCCUCCCGGGCCUUGCUACAGCAUAUUCAGGCAGAAACCAAGCGCUUGCAGCAGGCCUCUUCCAAAAAGAGUCUCCUAGCCGCUUCUGACUCCGAUUCAGAGGACGAUGCCGCCGCCGACGCUACGGCCCCGAUUUGGCUCACCCUCACUACCAAACAACAUAUCGUGGACAAGAACCGUCUUAAGCCCAGCAAAAUUGCCGUCCCACAUCCCCUCAACACAUCGCCAGACCUUCGGAUAUGUCUCAUUACCACCGAUCCCCAACGAGCAGUGAAAAACGUGGUGGCUGACGCUUCAUUUCCCCAACAUCUCAAGUCUCGAAUCUCUCGAAUAAUCGGAUAUACCAAGCUCAAGGCGAGGUACAAGACAUUUGAACAACUGAGAGAACUGCUCUCUGAACAUGACCUCUUCCUCGCUGACGACCGCAUCGUCACUCGUCUGCCAGCAAUCCUGGGCAAAGUCUUUUACAAAGGAACCUCAAAAAGGCCCAUCCCUAUCAUGAUUGCUGACCCAAGGCGAGACAAGAUGAACAAGCCGCAAACGUCAAAGGAAGGCGGUGGCGCUGCUCCCACCUCGCCAGCAGCGCUGGCCAAAGAAAUCGAAAAAGCGAUCAAUGCUGUUCCUGUCAGCCUGCGACCUGGUACACUCGUCGCCGUGCGAGUCGGCCUUUCCUCAUUUAAGCCGGAGCAGCUGUCAGAAAAUAUUUCAACCAUUGUUUCAAGGUUGAUCGAAAAGCACGUUGUGAAAGGAUGGAGGAAUGUAAGAGGCAUUCACAUAAAAGGUCAAUCUUCGUUCGCAGUGCCCAUAUGGUUGGCAGACGACCUGUGGACCGAGCACGACGAUAUAAUCACCGCGACCAACGACAAUGAAGAGGAUAUCCAGCAAGGACAGAAGCGAAAGCGGCAUGCAGCGAGCACAAUAGGCCCCCAGGCUGGCUCUCGGAAGCGUCUGAAGGAAGACGAAAGAAAGAAUGGAAAGUCCGUGGCUGAUCAAGAGGCCGCUCGGGCACGGAAAAGCAAACUGGCUGCUCAGAAAGCGAAGGUGUUUGAGGAGCAAGUCUAAGCCACGACCAUGGCACACACGUGGAGGGCUGUCAUGAAUUUCAUAGAGCGGCAGACAGAACCGUACCUAAUGAGUAAGUGUCUGAAGUCACUCCAGUGGACAGUGUCAUAAAGCGGACUAUGAUAAACAAGGCCGCUUUUACUUGCAGGUUCCAUUCUCCG